UAUUUAUAGAUUUUUGUAUGGGAAAAAAAAAAAUACCCUACCACUGUAUUACAGUGUAUAUUGGAUCUCCUCCUACCCUGCAUGUCUUUUCAUUUCUUUCAUAAUUUUCUGCUCUUUUUUUUUUUCCUUCUUAGUUUAGGGAGACUCUUGAGCAAAUAUUGUAGAGGGAUCUUCUAAUUCAUUAAUUAGGUUUACUGCAAUGGAGCAGUUCUGCUCUACACACAUGGGAUCUCCAUGGGUCGGAAUUGAGGGCAACUAACAACAACAACAAUAUAGACGUAGGAUUGCCAGGACUUUCUUCCAAGGUAUCUCUGGGUGGGUUCCAACUACCAACUUUUCGGUUAGCAGUCAAGUGCAUCAACUGUUUGCACCAGUCAGGGACACCUGCAGUUUACAGUCUAAUUACUAUCUUCACUGGAUGUUGUAUUUUGGCAACUACAUUUUUCACCACUAAAAAUGCUAGGUUUUUUUUUUUUUUUUUGUCUUCGUAUUGCUCCUUGUUUUAUGACUGCCUAUUCUUGUUUUAUCAGUGUGACAGUCUCUUGAAUCUCACUUAGUUUUUUGUUUUAUCUUCUCCUGUUUCUGCCAACAGCACUAUCUCCGAGGAGGUGGCUUGUCCUGAGCACAGAGAUUGGUCCUCUUCUUCUGAACUGCUGGCUGUUGUCAUAUUCAGUAACAUUCCCAUUGGUUUAUACAUUUGAAGGGAUGUUUGCAUUUGUUCUAUAGCCGAGAUACGUUCUUUCAGAAAUCAGGGAGGCUCCUGUACAGUUUUUUGUUCAGGAACAGCCUCCUUUAGAUAGCUCAGAGCUCACUGGUGAAAUAACACACAGCCAGUCACCCUACUGCAAGUGCCCUGUCCAGCUAGGCAGUGUCCAUGCCAUCUGUGAACUAUGCUGCAGACCAAGGGCUGCUCUCCACAAUCUCUAGUGACAACAUCAGACACUCAGGUGGAUUCAGAUUUACCCCCUUCCUUCUAACUCCAGCUCUUAGCUAGGUGCCAUUUAUGAGAUCAGGGUGUGUUUGUAGGGAGCAAGCGUCCCUUGCAUAGAUGUUAAAUGGUUUUCUGAUCCACUCUGCUGUUACCUGCACUGUGCCUGCUGAAGCUUCAGGUGUAUGGCUAGGACCCUUCUUUGGAAUCUAGGGGUGAUAUUUAGCCAAGCUGGACUACUUGUUGUCUAAUCAUUUUUCCCCUCCUGUAUCUUUGUCUCCACCUGAAAAUGCUUUCUUCUUAAUCCCCAUUUCCAUCUGUGGAAAUUCCACUCAUCACUUAAUUCCCAGCUGAAUGCCAUCUUUUUCCAGAAACUUCCUGAGAUUCCUUCAGCCAUAUAUAAUUGGCACUUUGUCACAUGGUCUGCCAGAUAUUCUAGCUGCUUAUAUCCUUGUCAGCCCUUCCUUUCACAUUGUGAGCUACUUGAGUUCAGGAGCCAUAUCUUGUUCACCUUUAUAUGAAGAGGCAUUAGAAUGAAGAGGUUAGAGAUGCUGGGUUGUUGAGUCCUUACUCAACACUUACCCACCAUGAGUCCUCAGUCAAGUAAGUUACUUAACCUCUCUGAGUGGAUUUUACCCUUUGGAAGAUGAGCGUAGUGAUAGUACGUACCUCAUGAAGCUGUUUUGAAGAUCAGACGAGAUAAUAUAGCACAGUGAACACUGAAAUAAAUAUUAGUUCUAUUUUCUGUAUUCCUUACAGCACCUAGCCCAUGUAGCACCUAAUCCACCACAGGCCUUCCGUAAUGGCAGUUGAGUGCAUGAAAGCAAAUACUUCACUUUUAUAUUGAGUCAGUGGCAGAGUGCAGAUAGAACUCAGGGCUCCUGAGGAUCCCACACGUGCACCCACUUGCACAUGUCGAGUACGUGGGUUCUCAGAUGCAUUUCAUAAAGCCUCUAGAAUGGAAGGAGGAGAGUUUUGUUUUUUUUUUUUUUUUUUUUUAAUACAGACAGUCCCCGGAUUAAUGAAUGUGAGACUUAAUGGAUAACUCAUACUUAAGAACGGACUGCCAUAAGGCCUGUUAUAUUAAAAUUUUGAGUUAAAUACAAUCAUUCGUAAUAAGGAACAUAUGCGCUACUUUGUGACACUCUUGAAAACGUGGUUUGAAAGUGUUUCUUAAGUGUUUUAUAUGCAUAGAAAGGGAAUAUGUAUAUAUAUACAUAUAUAUACUAAGAAAAACAUUUGAUUGACACUAAAUAAGAACGGUGUGUACCUGAUCCUAUUUACCUACAAAUUCGACUUAAAGACAGACUUAAGAAUGGAUUUUGAUCGUAACCCAGGGAUUACCUGUAAACAAAUUGUAGCCUUUCUGUGAAAGAUACAGAAUCUUAUUUGUUUGGUUGAUUGGCUGGAUUUUCAAAUAAGCAAUUGCUUUCUUGUCUGGAUUGAAGUUUGAUAAAGAAGUAGCCGCAGAUGGAAGCUCAAAAGAAAGGCAUCAUAGUCUUACAAUGGAAAGAUUCCAUUCAAAGUGGCAGUUUAGAUGGUUGUUGAUUGUUAACGCCUCCCCACAUAGACCCACCAAACCAAUGAAUGAAUUAAUGCGUUCUUUCUAUGCAUAGUUUUUUUUUUGGUUUGUUUGUUUUUCUUUUACAUUUGCAGCUAAUUUUUUGAAUCAAUAUAGAGUACAGCCUUAGCAUUCCCAAUUAAAACCACAUGAGCUUCCUUUGCAGUAGGGGUGUCCUUUAGAGUUUUUUGUUUUUUGUUAUAACCAGCUUGUCUUAAAUCUAUCGGUGUGCUUUUUCACUGCUGUUCUCAACUUGAGCAGUUGUAAUGAGGUAGUGGGCAUUUUGGUCUUUGUCUUAGGCUGGGUUCUCUAGAGAAGCCAAACCAGGGAAGCAUAUAUAUAUGCAUAUAUGGAGAAAGACAUUCUGUGCAUUGUUAUUCCUCUGCUCUUCUGUUACAUUGAAGGUGGCAUGUGAUCUCUAUCAGAUUCUUGUCUAAAAAGGCCUUUGCUACCCGAAAUCUUGGAAACUUGCUGGAUAUGAUGUACCGGGAGCCAGCACGAUGGUCCUACACGUUCCAGACAUUUUCUUUUAUGAGCCGUCUGAAAACACAGCUGGAACCCGUCUCCGAGAAACCCUUACAGGCCAAGGAGCUGGUACAGGUCUUUGAGAGGUCUGUGUACAGUGACAGGUAUAUCUUUGCAAAGAAUCUUUUUGAAAAUGGUUCCCUCAGUGACAUCGAAUGGCAUAUCUAUCAGUCCUGGCAUUCUUUCCUUCUCCAGGAGUUUGCCAGCAGGCUCAGAUUACAUGGCUUCAUCUACCUACAGGCUACUCCCCAGGUUUGUUUGAAGAGACUACACCAGAGGGCCAGGGCAGAAGAGAAAGGAGUUGAGCUGGCUUAUCUCGAGCAGCUUCACGGUCAGCAUGAAGCCUGGCUUGUCCACAAGACAACCAAGCUCCACUGUGAGGCUCUGCAGAACAUCCCAGUGCUGGUGUUGGACGUCAAUGAAGAUUUUUCUGAAGAAGGAGCCAUACAAGAGGAACUCAUGAGAAAGGUGAACACCUUUGUAAAGAAUCUGUGACCAGUGCCAUGAUGUUCUGGCUGUGAUCUGGGCUCUCCAAACUUCUGAAGCUAGAAAAGUGUCCAGUCACCCACCCACCUUUGCUAAAGUUUGUUUUUUUAACUUAUUUCUAUUCCAGUUGUUCCAUUCAUUUCAGCAUAUACCUGUUGAUGCCUACCUGCUCUGAACUCCCUUCUAGAGUAGCGGUUUUCACCUGAGAAAAGUCUUAGCUUUUGUUCUUGAGCCCUUCGCCACCAAGAGUCCCUUGUGUGUUCCCUUGUUCCCUCUGACAUGCCAGGGCAGGAAUUGCUCCCAGAGCCCUCAGCCAAGCUCCACUGAAAGCAGGAAGGAGGGAAGUAAAGUGCUCAGGAACCAGUGAGAGCUCAAGGGUGAGCCCAGAGCUAGGAAAAUGGAGCCCAGACUCCAGGAAGCUUCUUUAUCUCUUCUCAUCCUCCAACUCUUGGUAUGAAGGUUGAGAGUGGGGAGGCAGAUUUAGUCCUUUGUCCUAGAGCUGAAGAACCUGGCCAGAAGGAAGGAAGGGAAGAAGGGAAUAAUCAAGAGCCCAAAAAUUUAGCAUGUACCAUUUAGGAUUUGGUCAUUCUGAUACUCUGGUCUGCUCUAAAUACUUUAGCUAGUGAGUUUCAGUUGAUCUUAAAGGAGUGAAGCUGUCUAUGCUAGAAAGAAAAAUAUUUUGUGUGUGUGUGCUGCUCUUCAAGCUUCAAGGACGAUUUAUCGUUAAGGGAGAAAAGCAUGUGGCUCUAUAGAAUUGAAGUCUCCGUUGCAAGAAGCCUGCAGGCCCCCUGAUUCACGGGAGAAGAGUUCCUCCACAGAACUGUUGACAGUGGUGCAGGAACACAGGAGCGUGAGUGCGCUCGGGACCAAGUGUCUCAGAAGAUGGAAGCCUGUCUUUUCCUUUGUGCUUUGGGAAAAUGAAUGCAAGAUUGGUUUCUAACAAAUGUGUAAUGUUUUGAAAUAAA